AUGGCAACCCGCGAUAUCAAGCCGUUGGUUCUUUACGGCGUCCUCCCUACUGCCAACCCCCUCAAGGUCGCCAUCAUCCUACAGAUCCUAAACAUCCCCUACGAGCUCAAGGCUACCGACUUCAAACAGUGUAAGGAGCCUGAAUAUCUUGCAAUUAACCCCAAUGGCCGUUGCCCGGCUAUCCACGACCCAAACACCGGCCUCACUCUCUGGGAAUCCGGCGCCAUCGUUGAGUACCUGAUUGACGAAUAUGACAAGGAAAACAUCAUCUCCUUCUCUACGAUGCCAGAGAAGUAUCACCUGAGGCAAUGGCUUUAUUUCCAAGUCAGUGGACAGGGCCCAUAUAUCGGCCAAUUCUCCUGGUUCAAAUGGUACCACACCGACAGAUUCCAGUCUGCGGUUGACAGAUAUUCCGCCGAGACCCGUCGCAUCAUGGGUGUUGUCGAUCUUGCACUGAAGGACAAGGAAUGGCUCGUUGGUGGUAAGAUGACAUAUGCCGACCUUUCGUUGGCCCCAUGGUUCUUCUGGGCCAAGAGAAUCGGCGGAGAUGAGUGGUACGCACAGCAAGUUGCCGAGCUACCAAACUUCCAGAAAUGGUGGAACAAGCUUGCAGAAGUUCCCCAGGUCAAGGAUCUCUGUGCUGGCGUUGCGCAAUUCGACCCAUCUAAUGUCCCCAAGGAUGUUCUCGAUAGGUUGAACAACAAAACUGCCUAA